ACAUAUCCUCGUUGUUGUUGUGGCUGAAUUUCGACGACAGUGUACUUUUGUGCAAUUCUGAAAGUCCACUGAGUUGAAAUAAUCAUGUUCUGGAGAUUUGUAGUUCCGUUGUUAGCGGUGGGCUUUGCCGUCGCAAGUGCUGGGCUUGUUGGAGCCCCAGCAGAUGUGGAUCUUAACGACGAAGGAGUCCAGAAUGCGUUGAGAUUUGCCGUUGCUCAACAUAACAGGGCAAGCAAUGAUAUGUUCAUCAAUGAAGUGGAAGAAGUCGUAAGCGUUCAGAGACAGGUGGUGAGUGGUUUGAAGUACAUUUUCAAAGUGAAGAUGGCAAAUACUCGGUGCAGAAAGGGCAGUGUGGAGACAGACUGUGCCAUCCAGGAGGGAGCAAAUGUAAAGCGCUACACUUGCACUUUUGAGGUCUGGAGCCAGCCCUGGACAAGUACAAUCAAACUGACUCGCAACACCUGUGUGCAUUGAGCUUUAUGGAGCUCUGAUAGCAGCAUAGCCUCUGCUUUCAUCUUACAACCCACUUGUGGAUAAUCAGAACUCGGCAUCAGUUUGAAGUUUCUGUUACAUUUGAUUACUUUAGUUUAGCAGAAUGUGUAGCCAGUAGAACCCUCAUUUCUUAUUACUACUCAGAUACAAAUGCAAUAAACCUGCCUUCAUUAGCACAUUGAUUCAUAUAUGGCUUUUUAGUACAUUUUAUGCAAUUUUGAACAUUUAAAACUGGAGUUAACAUGACAGUUUAGGUAUGCAUCAUUUGAUAUCUUCAAUAAAAGGUUGAGUGAAGUAGGACCACAAAUGAACAGUG